AUGAUUCUGAGCUUGGUGUUGUCCACGGUGCUGGCCGUGACGCCCACAGGGAAGGUGGACUUCACCGAGGCAGACGAUCUGCUGAACGACGAUACCGACGGUGCGAGUGGGUUCGUGAGCGUUUACAAGAACUUUCCGAAAAUCCAAGUGACGGUCGAUACACUCAAGCUGAAGCGCGUCUCGCAGCCGGAAACGAAGAGUGACGAGUCGAGCUCGGGGAGUUCCGGCAGCUCCGUCUCGGAGUCGAUCGAACGGCCGGCGGUAGGCGUGCGCACGGACAUUACGAUCGAGAUCUCGGAGGAAACGGCGAACGACACACGAACCCCUGCUUCGGAGCGUGAUGGCAAACGGGACCGCGACGGACCGGGGAGUGCAAACAAGCCCGCGGGUGGUGGCAAAAAGGACGCAGGAGCCGACGGGGAAGGAAGUGACAACGCCAGCAUUCCGGUUUUCAAGGGAACGGCCGGAGUUACGUACAAACCGAAGCCAACGGCGACCCGCGGUCCUCACGGGAGUCGCCCCGGAGUGACGCUUAGCCAGCGGCCAGCGGGAAACAACUUCUACGGAAGUGGCGGCGACGACCGAAAUCGCAUCAGUGGGGAGUACGAUGGAGGGUGGAGUGGACGGUAUCCGCACACCGUGACAGCCGUUUGGACAACCGAGCGACCGUACCUGCGACGAGCAGACUACGAUUUUGGAGGUCAACCACAGCCGACCUACUACAAGGGCUACAUUCCGUACAAUGUGGGCCAUCACAGCCAGCCGGCGGACGGCCUUCAUCACCAUUCGGGCGACUGGAAGCCGUGUUACUGCAGCAUCUACCAGCCCUGGGCCGCACGUGCCCCCACGAAUCCCGUUCUGCCCUCUGGCCCGCACCAACCUCCGCCACCGUCACCACCGAGACACAAAGUGGACAACAAAGUCGACGUCCCGGUUCACUCGCAGCAGCGACAACACUAUCGAUCGAUCCACUCGUAG